ACAUACACACGCACACACACACAGACACACACACACAGAGAGGCAGGCUGAGAGGACAGACAGUACUGUAGUUCACAGGUAUGAUGAGGUGCGUCUUGUUUCUGGCUCUGAUGGUCUCUGAGGUUUGUGGUGAUAUGAAUCUACAUGACUACUGGAUGUCCUGGAAAAAAGAAUUCAAUAAAAAUUACAGCAGUGUGAGAGAGGAAACAUACAGGAGAACAAUCUGGGAGCAGAAUGUUUUGGAAGUGAUGAAGCACAAUGAAGAAGCUGCAGCAGGACAACAUACCUUUACCACUGGGAUCAAUCACCUUUCAGACAUGACCGCAGACGAAGCCAAUGCUAAACUGAAUGGUCUGAGGGUGGAUAAUCUUUCUUCUGAAGAUGAUAAUGAUAAUUUCACCUUUCUGAGUGAUUUCUCUCUCCCUCCCAGUGUGAACUGGACUGAGGAUGGAUUUGUCACCCCUGUACAGGACCAGGGUGACUGCAAUGCCUGCUGGGCGUUCAGUGCAGUUGGAGCUUUAGAAGCUCAAAUGAAGAUGAAGAAGGGUCGUCUUGUUCCUCUGAGUGUUCAGAACCUGGUGGACUGCAGUUCUGAGGAGGGAAACCGUGGCUGCUCUGGAGGCCUCCUGACUAAUGCCUUUAAUUACAUAAUAAACCACAGGGGCAUCAGCAAGGACGCUGACUACCCUUAUGAACAAAAGGUUGGAUUUUGCUUCCCUAGUCAUAAAUAUGGACGCUGUUCUGGUUUCCGGGUUCUUCAGCGUUAUAAUGAGUUUGAGCUGCAGAAGGUGGUGGCUAACAUCGGGCCGGUCGCAGUAGGAAUUAAUGCUAACAAUUCCACAUUUUACCAUUACAAGACUGGUAUUUACAAUUACUGUUCUGAAGCUCAACCACUGAAUCACGCAGUUCUUGUGGUUGGAUAUGGAAAAGAAGAUGGGCAACAAUACUGGCUGGUCAAAAACAGUUGGGGUGUUAACUGGGGAGAAGGAGGAUAUAUGAGACUCCAGAGAAACAACAAUCAGUGUGGAAUUGGCAGCUACAGUGUCGUCCCCAUUGUAUAACCUCAGGAGAUUUUUCCUUUCCUUGCUGUAAUGAACUAAUUUUAUUCAUUAAUCUCUAAUAAAAUGUUAGUCUUCUGUACGUACGUAUGCAUGUACGCAACAUCUGGUAGUUGUGAUGAAAAAACAUUUCUGUUUUUAGAAUGAACAAAAUCCAGAGCUGCUUAUAUUGUAUACCAUGUGGUCCAUUCACCAGAUUAAUGUGAAAUAAAUGUUUGUUUUUAACAUUA